AACCCAAACGACAAAGCUAACUGAGAAUACCCUUCAUAAUGGUAUCUUUUGAUUUAUAUCCAUCGACCUUGUUGGUGACGGUGUUGACCGUGUUGCUAUUUAAGAAGAUCAUUGAGGUGGUGGGAAAGAAAAACAUCCAAGACUUGACCUGGAGAUCAUACUGCCAGGUUGCUGGCAAGUUGGGCCACUCAAAGCUACUGGAGAUUUCAAAUAAAUCUCUGGAAGCAAGGAAGGUAAACCUCCAAAGAAAAGCCGUGAGUGCCCAAGAUGAGUAUGCAAAAUGGACGAAGCUCAACCGUCAGCAUGACAAGCUCUUGGCCGAAAUUGAUCAGUUAAACCAAGGUUUGGCAUCGGAGAAAGCUGGUGUGGUGAAAUAUUUGGGUUUACUCAUCAGUGUGUUAACGACUUUGCCUAUUUGGUUCUUCAGGCUCUGGUUCAGAAAGGCGGUGCUUUUCCAUCUCCCGCCCGGGUAUCUCCCUUAUCCCAUUGAAAGACUAUUUGGUUUACCAUUUGUGGUUCUUGGAGGUGUAGGACUUACGGUAUGGAUGUUCUCUGUAAACUCAGUGUUAACUUCGUUGGAAUUUUUGAUCAAGUUCCCAUUUGAGACCCCUGUGGAGAAGCCCAGCCCAGUCGAUAAACUGAAGGUUGAAGAAGUGAAACAUCAGAAUUAGUUUUUAUAUUACAGUAUAUACAUAAAUGAGUUACUACUCAUCAACAAUGCAUCAACUCAUCAAACCUAGUUUUCAUAACGCUUUGGAGCUCUGAAGUGCUGUCGUCGAAGAUGUACUUACCGAUCCUCGAUGUCUCAACGUCCACCUUGAAUCCUCGUGAGCUCAUAUUGUAGAAGUAGUCAUAAGUCUUACACUUGGAACAGGUUUCUGUAUCUAUGGCAUGGAAAUACCAUGAGUCGACCACUUUUGUCCAGCACAUCAACUCAAUGGAGUACUGGUAUACGUUGUUACCUUCACUCAAUAUAACGUACGGGCUCCCUGUUCGAGGAUCGACCUCAAUGGCCUUCACGUCUGGUGAAAUGAUUCCCUCACCAAACUUUGAGUUGGAGGGCAUCUGCUCGACAAUCAAAUCACAGUUCAUGAUGGGGGCCAUUGAUACCCCUUUAAGGACAGCCUUCAAAUGCCUUUCCUGGGGAAACUUGGGAAGCUUCCAUAUAUAGAUUAAUCCAGAGCUGGUUACUCCCAUUAGAUAUUCUUGAGAAUGCUUCAAGCACACAAGAUUAUUUCCAAGCUCUAAGCUUGGGCAUAAAUAGGAUCCUGAUUCUGCAAAGAU